GGCUCUUCGAAGGAGGACUUUGGAUGCGCAUGCCCUGAAUGUGCAAGCACGUGCGUGCAGGCUCGCUAUCGGUCUCAGCAGCGCUCGCGCUCUUGCUUGGCCGCCGAGCUCUAGGGCGCGCGAGUCAGUCAGCCAUGCGCCAGUGACAGUGUACAAUGCGAACAGUGUUCUUCAGUCUCCAUCAUCAGCUCCAGCUGAGAAGUCUCCAUCCCUCUCUACUCACAACUCGGUCUCAGUCUAAUUCGACUUGAGUGACUGAGCGCUAGUUUAAUUUGUUGAAUCUCUGGUGCUGGUGCAUGCAGCCAGUGCAGUGAAAGACCACUGACACUAGAAGUGGAAGCCGGAAUCCUGGGCCGGGAUUCAUUGAGAUUUGACGACUGCCACGGUGCCACCAUUACAUGAUUACUGCAAAUUUACUGCAUCCCUGAUCUGACAAUAAAAUGGCAGCAAGCAAUCUAUUGGCUGGUAGAGUUGCUAUAAUAACUGGUGGAGGAAGCGGAAUAGGACGUGCAACCUGCCAGCUUUUUGCCAAGAAUGGAGCAAGCGUUGCUGUAGUUGAUCGGACACAGAGCAGUUUGGAUGAAACUAUUGCAAGCCUGCCAUCGGACAUAGAUAAUCAGAGUCAUGAAUCUUUUGUGGCGGAUGUCAGUGAUGGGGGCGCAGUACGGGAUCUUGUUGCCGGGGUAGCAGAUGCCUUCAGGAAGCCUGCCACCAUUUUAGUGAACUCUGCAGGAAUCACAAGAGAUCAGUUGAUGCUGAAAAUGAAGGAAGAGGAUUUUGAUGAGGUUAUCAAAGUUAACCUGAAGGGCACCUUUCUGAUGUGUCAGGCAGUAAGCCAGGCUAUGGUGAAGAGUAAAGUUACGGGAGGAAGUUUCAUCAAUAUCAGCAGUGUUGUAGCAACGAUGGGUAAUAUCGGCCAGGCCAACUAUUCAGCAUCGAAAGCUGGCGUUAUAGGAAUGACCAAAACCAUGGCCCAAGAACUGAGCAGAUUUGAAAUCCGAUGCAAUAGUGUUUUACCUGGUUUUAUUACGACACCAAUGACUGACAAGGUUCCAGAGAAAGUCAUUAAAAUGAUGUUACCCAUGAUCCCUCUUGGUACCCUUGGUGAACCCAAUGAUAUUGCCGAGACCUGUCUCUUCCUGGCCUCGAACAAGAGCAAGUACAUCACUGGGGCUAGCAUCAAUGUCACUGGAGGGUUAUGAGAUGAGAUGGAGAUGUCAAACUAUUGGUAAUCAAGAAGCAGAGGUUCAAAUGGAUCAAGACAUCUUGGUACAGCUUCCUGGGAGCUGCUUUUGAGGGAUUGCUGUAACAAUUACAAGACACCUGAUGAUUCUAGUCGCCUGAUGGAUCAAGAUACAUGUAAUAGUAAAUGUCUGGAAAGAAACUAAUGAUAUUGAUGAUGAUGGUGUACUUGAUGAAUAUACUGAUGCUGCUGAUGAUGAACAUACCGAUGAGACAGAUUUACAUGUAGGGACAGUGAUUUUCCGUUUUACCGGUAAAUAAAUUGGAAAUUCUUCAUGGAAUUUACUUUUUCAAAACGGAAUUCAGGUCUUUGCUGUGUACAUUUUCAGUGACAAAACAGAAUUUCCAUUUUUAUAUCAAGUUGAAACGGAAUUACAGAUUUUCAGAAACGGAAAAGACCAUUUUUAAAAACUGAAAAUCACUGUCUCUAUCAUGUGUAUAGAGACGAAAUAUCCCCUACACACGACAGAAGGUGUUUAAAAUUGGGCAAAAUAUUAUGAGAAAGAUAUUUUAUAUUGUACAAAAGUUUAAGAAUACAUUUAAGUGACCUUUUCUUUGGUGUUAUGCAGAUAAUUUUAUUUAUCUGUAUUUUCUUUUUAUCGUCUUUGACUGCAGAUUUAAUGAUUAAGAACUUCAUUACUUCAAUCCACUUAGGCCGAGUUGACUCUAUUUUUAUAAAAAUGUCUGUGUCGAGUUAGACAACAGUUCAUAAUACAAUAGAGCCUUCAAUAUCUUUGAAAUCUGCAUACUCUAUUACAUCAAUAAUAGUGCGAAUAUUGUUACUAAUAUUUCUACCUUUCAUGAAUCCUUGCUGAUCAGUAUGUAUUAGACAAUGCAAACCUUUUUUCAAUCUUGCUCCCAAAACUUUAGCAAUUAAUUUAUAAUCAGUAGUUAAUAAAGUAAUGGGUCGAUAAAUUUUAAUACAGGACACAUCUUUAUCUUUUUUAGGAAUCGGUGUGAUUAUUCCAUUUCUCUGGGAUGCUGACAAACAACCACAUUCAAAAGAAUGAUUAUAUGAUGCUACUAAUAAAUCACCAAUGUCCUCGAAAAACACUUUAUAAAAUUCUAUUGGCAAACCAUCAAUACCGGGUGUUUUAUUGUUACUCAUAGUCUUAAAAAUAUUAAAAAUUUCAGCUUUACUUAUAGGAGAAUUCAAACGUUCCUUUAAUUCUUCUGAUAAAUGAGGAAUAAAUGGUUCAAGUGCUUUUUAAAAAGCUGCUCCUCUUUCUUUAGAUUGUGCACUUUCGGAAGUAUAUAAUUUUGAAUAAUACUUAUAAAUCUCAUCUAAAAUAUUCAAGUGAUCAUUUACAAUCUGUCCAUCAUCUGACUUCAGAUAACGAAUAUUUUUCUUUUCAAAAUUCCUCUUUUCUAGACUACAAAAAUAACGAGAACUUUUUUCUCCAUAUUCAGCCCAUUUAAUACGAGACCUAGUUAUCAAACCAGCUGUUUCCAUGUCUAAGAUAAUAUUUAACUCUGACUGCGAAGCCUCCAACUUCUGAAGCAGUUCCUUUUGUUUGGCCUUCGCAUCAAUAGUGGAUGGUUCCCCUGGGAGAAGUGAAAUUUCAUUAUGUAUACCAGCUAUCUCAUCUUCUAGCCUUUUUCUCUCCUUAACUGAUUCUUUCUUGUUCCGUGAACAAUAUUCCAUACAAUACCCAGCUAAACAACACUUCAACGUAUCCCAUAUGAUAUUGGGAUUUAAACCACAUCCUUCAUGUACCAGUUUAAAAUCGUAAAUCUUUUCCUUGAUGAACAAUUGAAAAUUUGGGUCAUGUUCCAAAAAAUUUCCAAAACCUUUCCCUCUUGGAGUAUGGUCUAGCAAUAAUUUCAGAUUUACCAUAUUAUGGUCAGAUUUAAUCCCGUUGAUAUUAGUUUCCUUAACAUUAUUCAGUAAAUUGGAAGACACUAGUAUAUGAUCCAAUCUUGAACACACUAGAGGAUUUUUUUGCAACCUAGUUUACAUAGAAUCAGUUGGGUGAAGCUUUCUCCACACAUCUAUUAAAUUCAGUUCUUCAAUCCACGUA